UCGUUUUUCAAGUCAGGCUUUACCUUAAUCACAAUGAUUUGUAUUAAGACAUUGAUUGACGUAUCAGCAUGAUUACGAUCAAAACAUCUCCCUGUCCGAACGAGUUAAUCGUGGGGAUGUGCACGCACAAGGGAGAAAAAAGGUGACAGAAUUUGCGUCAAACUAUGGGCGAGUCGGUGAUGUACUUGCCAGUCCACUCAUCAGUUCUGUAUCGAUCUCUUACCCAUUCAUACAUUUUGCCAUGAGUCAUCACAUUAUCAGUUUACUCAUUUUUGAUUUAAUUCUUCAACAUACGACAGAUGCCUUUCAUCGACGACGCUCACACGGUAGAAAGUUUAUGAAAGGGAAAGGUGCAACUCUGGAGGUUCAACCUGGAGACACUCUUGUAUCGAGUCUAAUAGUCCACAAGAAAACCAAAAACAUCCCGAUUCAUCCACCGUACCGCUGGUAUUACGCUAUCAAUAAGGAUGAUUUAUUGUUCUUUACGUAUGCUCAUGAAAAAAAGGAUGGAAAGCGGCAGCUGAAAUUCAAACCGAAGUUGAUCAAACGAAACGAAGCACCGUACGCCGACGUGAACUUCAAGAAUCGAGGGCAAAAGGCGCCACACGCGGGUUUGAUAGGAAGCCUGGUGGGCGUCCUCAUGACGACCACAGAACUGCCGUUCAACCUCUUGUUCUGCAACAGCAAGCACUACGUCGAGUACCUCAGUCGGGGCGCGGGGGAGGGCAAGUGGUACAAACCCUACUGGAACCGCACCAGCAAGGACUGUCCUGUUCACAAUCCGCUCAAAAAUGAUGCCGACGCAUUUUGGACGCUCUAUUGGUUUAAAGAAUUCGAACUCAAGGAUAAGGAGAAUAAUACGAUCAAACUGAGUAUUCCCGAAUGGCCACAUAAAAUAAUCCCGUUGCCACCUAUGCCCUAGUCUUGGAAAGCACAUUUUCAGAGCCAGAAAGAGCCAAAGAAACCAUAGUAAGUGUCCUAACCGACGCACAGUGGAUCGAGUCAAUGGGAGAGGUCCACUGAAAAAAAAAUC